CGUUCAAUUCUACUUUUUGAGAUGCUAUAAACUCAGCAACGCACUGCUCCAACCUUCUUCCCCACUGUUCCCAUCAUCAUCUGAUUCUCCAUUCUCAACCAUCCAUUACCCAUUUUUCGCCUUCCUCAGAUCUCAAAUUUUCCCCCAAAACCCAUCUCCCAUGGAAGCUCUCAUCUCCCAGUUCACUUUCCUCUCCGAUCAAGCUCUACACGACAAGAAUUUCGACCCUUCCACCAUUGAAGACCUCAUGAAGCUCUUCGAGAUCGAAGCUUACAAAUCCUGGGCCGCCAUGGAGCUCCAACACCAGAACGAGGUUCAAGACGCUGAGAUCGCCAUGCACCAGGCUGAGGAUUAUCUCGAUUCUGUCAUGGAAGACGCCAUGGAUGAGUUUAGACGGUUCGAGGAGGAGUUCGAUCGGAUGGCCGAAGCUGAGCUCCAAGAACUCCUUGACAAGUCUGAGAAGGCUCGCAAGAUGGGGAGUUUGAUGGAGAAGGCUGCGGCGGUUGCUUCUAAAAGGUACAUGGAGGCAGCCAUGAAUUCCGCCACCGCUUCCAUGAGAUCCGCCUGGAAGGCUAUUUCCUCCAAUAAGGUUCAUCCUUCUUGAAGCUGCUUCCUUUUUCUAGCUUUUCAUUUCUUGUUGAAUUGAAGAUAUCUAUUUACCUUUUCAAUGUCGGCUCUCUGGAAAUUUGGAUCAAAACCCUACUUUCAGAAGCAUUCUACUUGUACUCUACUUUCAGAAAGUCAAGGAACUAUCUCCAUAAACUGUAAAAUUAAUGCAUAAAUAACUACAGUUUCAUACUUCAAUUCAUCAACAUUCCUA